AUGGCUCUUCUCAAUCAUUCCCUUAUCUCUCUUGAUCCCGACUUCGACCCAGGUGUCGACCGCAUCAACCCCAGUGAUAGAAAGCGGCGGCGGCCGACUUCAGCUGGCAAUGGGGAAACUGUGGUCGAUGUUGGCAGCACUGCGGACGUAGUGGCUGCAUCUGUGGCUCCGGGAAAGACUUCGCAGGAGUCAGGGGUCGGUGUCGAUGCUACUGCUCUAGCAAUGGCUCUCACCAACCUCUGUGUCUGCGGCGCCUGCUUCUCAGAGCUCAACUGCGUAGUAUGCGGCGCUCAACGACUGCCUCCUUCAACGCCGCCUUGGCAGCAGGAGAUGUUCAGGCUGCUGCUGUGGAGUCAGGCUCAACGACGACAGUGGACAACAACUUUGCAUUGUCAUCUCUUGGUGGCACCCCUCAGCAAACAGGGGGAAAGUGUUGCGGCGCACCGCUCGCGUACCGACGCAAAUGCAGGUAUUAUGGCGAAGAAACUGGUGGCCCUGCAGUCGGAUGUUGCCUCCCGCGAUGUUGUGAUAACUCAGCGGUUGCAAGAGGUGACCUUGUUGUCCACGGAGCUGCGUGUUCAGUCGGAAGGCGCCAAGAGUUCGCUGGAUUCGAUGGGUCGCCAGGUUCAAGACAUCCAAUCUAAUCUCACCGAUGUUUACACGACAUUGGGCGCCUCCGUUCGAGCGGGCAACGCCCUCCUUACCAGAGUGGACAACUUGACUGAAAAGUUGGAUUCGGUCGUUGCGGCAAUGGAUCGUCUCUCUCGCCUUCCAGCAGUCAGUACCGCGAGUGCCUUGCCUGCCGCAACUGCCUCUUUACCCCAGGUGGCCACUAGCUCCAAUCCACCUAUCACUCGCUCGUUUAAUGAUGCCUUCCCCGCGGCCCAAGUCAUGGGCUCGAUUGCACCUGAACCGAAGUCCAAGAAGCGAAAUACUUCCUCAGCAGGUCCUUCAGCGGGUAAUGCACCUAAUAACGGGCGGGUGGAUGUUCUCGUUGCUGGAGUAUCAAAGCAAGGGAAUGCUUUGCCGUUGGCACUGGGGCUGGUGGCUUGUUUCCCUUCAAUGGCUGGAAUCAAGCGACCGGUGCUUUCGGCAGUACGUGCCGAGGGCCACGACGAGACGAUUAGUAUCCGCUUCAACUCUCACGCAACAGCGCAAACGUUCCUGUGGAAAAUGCUUCAUGAACAGCCGGCGGAUGCGCGUGGUCAGAGAAUGUCGGCAUCGUUGGCUCCGGUGGUUACAUCUGACCCUUGGGCUAAACUGCGUGGAGACGCUUCUGGACUUGCAAUCUCCUGUUGGAAUAUACAUGGAAAUUUGCCUCUGAAAUUGACGCAAGCAGACAUCGUCGCGCUUAUUGAGGCUAAUGACGUGGUAGCUUUCCUGGAGACAUGGAUGCGUCAGGAAGAAGAAGAGAGUCUGCCAAUUCCAGAUGGAUACGAUGUGGUGGUGCGUUCCCGAGCGGACUAUGAGGAUGGUUUGCAGCAGCAUGGCGGGUUGGUGGUAGUGCUGAAAGCAGACCUAAUGUUCACAGUGCUCGAAGAUUUGUCCACAAGUGAGCAAAUUGUUCUCGACUUCUCUUACUUCUAUGUGGUCUUUGCAUAUCUCUGCCCCGAGGGUUCCGACUGGGAAAAAUGGACUGACAUGGAUCCUAAGGAGCGAAUCGCGGAGGCUCUGGCUUACUGUCGCGUCAAUCGGCGGAAACGGUGCUAUUGGCUCGGGGAUCUGAAUUGUCGUACGGGUUCGGAAAACACAACAACUGUUGUCUUGCCUCGCUCGUCUGUCGAUGUAGUACUGAACACGCGCGGUCGUUGGUGUCUGGGUCUGGGCGGAGAGCUGGAUUUGGUGAUUCUGAACGGCUCGGAGUACGACGCUGAUCAGCCUGGCAAAUGGACUUCCUGUCAAGCAAUGGGGAAUUCAGUAAUCGAUUACGCUUGGGUUUGCACCGAUGCGGUCACACAAGAAACCAAACCCAAAUUCGUGGUGAGCGAUAAACUGCGGAGAUGGUCCGAUCAUGCAGUAAUAUCGUUGUUUGUGAAUGAAGAGGUGGACAUUGUCGCUAUGGAUUACUCGGCAGACAUGUACCCGCAGCCACCUCCACGCAACAAUCCCGACCCCCACCCUGAAUUGGAUGCGUUGGUGGACUGGGCCUUGCGCUCCGCACGCUCCGCAGAGCAGCAGAAUAUCGAUUUCUUUGGAGAGGUGGUGGUAUCGACCUCAGCGUUAAGUGUCUAUAUUGCCGCGGGGUCUCGGGACGGGGAAUGGAUACAAAGUCUUGUGGGGUACUCUUCAUGGGUGACUCGGCCGCAGGAAACAGAGCUUUUGGAGUGCCAGGGCGCCAAACGGAAGCUCGUGCAUUACUGA